GGCUCGGCGCGCGGGCGGCGGCACCUGCGGGCCGCGCCGUGAGGGGCCGUGCGGGGCGGCCGGCGCGGAGGGGAGCGGGGCCGCGGCCCGGAUGUAGCCGGCGCGGGAACAUGGCGCUGGGGGCGGCGUGACGGCGGCAGCCGAGACAUGUCUCAUGGGCCAGCUAUCAAGAGACACCCUGCUGCGCUGUGACGAAUGAAGGCGUUUUCAACCAUAAACAAGGAAACUUAUGCUCUGAUUGCAGCCAGCAGCAGAAGGUCCCCACCGAGAAGAUUUUUCCACCAUGUUCGGAAAGAAGAAGAAAAGGCUUGAAAUUUCUGGGCCCUCUAACUUUGAGCAUCGAGUUCACACUGGCUUUGACCACCGGGAGCAGAAGUUCACGGGACUGCCUCAGCAGUGGCAUAGCUUGCUGGCGGACACGGCCAACAGGCCGAAGCCUAUGGUGGAUCCCUCAUGCAUCACUCCUAUCCAGCUCGCGCCUAUGAAGACUAUUGUUAGAGGAAAUAAGCCUCGAAAGGAUACUUCGAUCAAUGGCCUGCUGGAAGAGUUUGACAAUAUCUCAGUGACACGAUCCAAUUCCCUGCGGAAGGAAAGUCCUCCCACCCACCACCAAGGAAACGCAAACCAUGUGCCGAGACACCAGGAGGAAAAUGGUUAUAUCACGUAUUCCCAGUACUCCAGCGAGUCAGACACUACAACGGACUAUGUCGUGGAAAAAUACCGAGACAAGACUCUUUACGGGGAAGAGCUGGACAGGUACUACAAAGGGAGUUACGCUGCCAAGCAGAACGGGCACAUGAUGAAGGUGGCUUCGCGGGAUGUGUAUUAUUCUGAAGUGACGCCCCUGCAGUCAGACCUUUCCAGGUUCCUCCCAGAUUAUCACGCACACCUGGAAACAAAGCCCAAACCGCUGGAAUAUGGUGGCCUAAAGCUGGAGUAUCAGCGGAUCCCCAGCGGAUCCUCCCUGGACUAUAGAGAUCCCUUUCCUUACACCCCGUCCCGAGCAUCGGUGCAGAGCGAAUGCCCCAAGGAGAGGCUGGAGUACAGCGACUGGGGACACGGCCUGGGCAGGGAUGACUACGACAAGCGGCCGAAGUCAUCCUACGUGGACCCAGCGAGCCCUCAGCCAGCGAUGAGGCAGAGGUCCAGGUCAGGCUCCGGUCUGCAGGAGCCGGCCAUGCCCUACGGAGCAAGCGCGUUUAAAGCACACCAGCAAGGACAUUCCUACAGCUCUUACACCUACCCCCGCUUGUCUGAAACUGCAGCAGGCAUCCCCAAGGUGGAUUAUGAUCGAGCACAGCUGGUUGUCAGCCCACCGCUCUCUGGAUCAGACACCUACCCCAGGGGCCCUGUGAAGCUACCUCAAAGUCAGAGCAAAGUCAGCUAUUCAAGCAGCAGCUACCAGUACCCUCUGGUCUACCACAAAGCGUCCCACUAUCACCAGCCGUCUCUCCAGCCCAGCUCUCCCUACAUUUCCACCGCCUCCUACCCCAGCUCUCCAAGUAUCACGUCAAGUGCUUAUCCUCCACCCAGCUGGGGAUCCUCCUCGGACCAGCAGCCCUCCAGGGUGUCCCAUGAACAGUUCAGAGCUGCCCUGCAGCUUGUGGUCAGCCCUGGUGACCCCCGGGAGUACUUGGACAACUUCAUCAAGAUCGGGGAGGGCUCUACGGGGAUUGUCUGCAUCGCCACCGAGAAGCACACAGGGAAGCAAGUCGCCGUGAAGAAGAUGGAUCUCAGGAAACAGCAGAGAAGGGAGCUGCUUUUUAAUGAGGUUGUAAUCAUGAGAGAUUACCAUCAUGAAAACGUGGUUGACAUGUACAACAGUUACCUUGUUGGUGACGAGCUGUGGGUUGUGAUGGAGUUUCUGGAGGGCGGCGCUUUGACAGAUAUCGUGACUCACACAAGGAUGAACGAGGAGCAGAUAGCGACCGUCUGCCUGUCCGUCCUGAGAGCCCUGUCCUACCUGCACAACCAAGGCGUCAUCCACCGCGACAUCAAAAGCGACUCCAUCCUUCUCACGAGCGACGGGAGGAUAAAAUUGUCCGACUUUGGGUUCUGUGCCCAAGUGUCCAAGGAGGUCCCCAGGAGGAAGUCGCUCGUUGGGACACCGUACUGGAUGGCACCAGAGGUGAUAUCCCGCCUGCCCUACGGCACCGAGGUGGAUAUCUGGUCCCUGGGCAUCAUGGUGAUAGAGAUGAUAGACGGGGAGCCUCCCUACUUCAACGAGCCGCCGCUGCAGGCCAUGCGCCGAAUCCGGGACAACUUGCCACCCCGCGUGAAGGACAUGCACAAGGUCUCCUCGGUCCUCCGGGGCUUCUUGGACUCGAUGCUGGUGCGGGAGCCCUCACAAAGAGCCACAGCACCAGAACUGUUGAGACACCCGUUUCUUAAACUGGCUGGGCCCCCUUCUUGCAUCGUGCCCCUCAUGAGGCAGCACAGGCAUCGCUGAAGCCGGUGACUUCUCGGAGGAUGUCAGUGCAGAGUCUGGAUAACGGCCACGCAGGAAUCCCAGCAGCUGCGUGGGAACCGCAGGCAGAGUUGCAGAGGAAACCCAGCCCUGCGGGAAUAAUGCGGUGUAUAAAAACCCACGGAGGUGCCCUUGGGGGCUGCGAGGGACCGGGGAGCGAUCCUGGCCACAGCUCGGUGGCCAUGCUCCGCCGUGGGCCGUCGCUCCCCAGUGCUGUUGUCUUCUCAGCCAUCUAGGCAGAAGGCGCCAAAUGCAAACAAGGUUGGAAAGAUAAUUAGUAGAGGAUAGCACAACCAGAGUGAAACACCAGAAUUUUAUUGCAGGCUACAGCACUUCUGUUUCAGAACACUUUUCUGACAAAAAAAAAGCACUUUUUAUCUCAGUCAUAGCAGCGCAAUGUAUUUUGCAACAAAUUUGUAAUUUUCUGUACAGUACAUUUUGAUAAUUUGCAGUACUUUGUCAUGUAACUGUUGUGUUAGUUGAAGUAAUAAGUGUAACUUAGCAAGAAUUUGAGAAGCUAAAUUUUCCUACUUUUUUAACCCUUUUGAAAAGAGAAAAAAAAAAACCAACACACCUUGAGUGAGUUAGAAGGUGUUGCAGAUUUUCCAUCGGGGGUGAGGAGAGCACUCAUCCCACCGUCACAGCAGCCCGAGGAGCCAUCGCUGCCUGUCUGUGGGAGCACGGGCCCUCUGGCCGUGGGCACUCGCCCUCUCGCCGCUACCGGUGGCAAUCAGAGCUGCUGCUGAAUGGUGGCGGUCAUCAGGGUCUCCCUGCCCGUCGCUCCAGCGGUGGGAGCUAACGCACCUGGCGUACCUUUGCGCAAGGGUCACCCUCUCGUGCCAUGGUGGUCCCAUCGCUUUAUGACACCACCAGGCCCGUUUGUUAUCACAGAAACCUCCGUUAUUUCUGUCACGCUCUGGAAGUGGAAAGGAAGGGCAGGAGUCCGUCUGCCCGCCCGCCCGCCCGCCCGGCGGGUUCCUCCAGGGCUCAGACAGACCGUUGUGACGCGUUACGAGAUGUUUGCCAUAGAGAAGAAGUCGUGCUGCUGUCUAGACCUUUUUGAAUGUUGAUGCAACAGUUGACUACUACGGUGCAAUUUUGUGUUCUUUGUUGGAUGACUCUGCAUGUUAACUGUAGGCCUAAAUAGAUUUGCCUUUAAAAUUUUUAGAAGUGCUUCAUAAUUAUUUCAAUUAUAAAUGGGUAUUAUUUAUUAAUGAUUAGUUCUUUUUAAUUAUGUAUAAUACAAAAGCCAUGUUUUUCAAGGGUUUGGUUUUUUUCUUACUGACCUCAUUUUACAAUAUUAUUAAGAAAUGCAAAGCCAAUUUUGUGAAAACACAGUUUCUUUCUUACUAUGGAAUUUCAUAGUGAAUAAAUUAAUUUUUAUUUAUUGUAGUAAAUUAUAAACAAACAUCUAAAUCUGGCAGGAGCUGUUUCUUGUAGAUCUUCCUCCAGGACAAAAAGAGUUGCCAAUAGGAAAGAAGCUCCUUUAGUACUGCCCUUAAAAAAAGUUAAAGAAUAUUUGAAGGGAGGGAAACUCACAGAAAGGAAAGAGGAGAUAAAUACAAAGUCAGAAUAGAAUAAAUGUUCUUACAUCUGUGUGUCUUACUCCCCACUGCUUUCUCUUCUUAACUCUGUUUGCACAUACUGAGAAGACACUAAAGCAAAUACGUUUGCUCCCGCCGCCCCACCACGAACACUCUCCCGGUACCCACCCGCUGAAACCUGGCAGCACCCACCGUGUCCUAAGGUGUUUCUAUUUUGUAGUCUUGACAACUCAGGAAAACAGGCUGCACCAGUAAAGGCAAUGACACACAGGCAAAGCUGUAAUACUAGCCACUAAAUAAAGGAAACUUUUUUAACCAUCUUUGAAUAAAAAAGGGGUUGGGGUUGGUGGGGUUUUUUCUUCAAGAUUCAGCACAUUUUAGGCUGUACAAGUGAAGAAUUUUCUGCAACUUUCUUAUCAUUAGAUACUUUAAACUGUAUUCAUCAAGUUUACUGAAAGUUUUGUCAAUUUCAAAGGGUUUUUUUGUGAACACCAACUACUGGUGAGACAAAUGCACAUGCAAGUUAAAUAAAUUAAUUAAUAAACUCUUUAAUUCUCAGUGUGUUUUUUUCCCCCAUGCCUUGCUUUUAUUUUCUAUUUGAUUGAGUCGUACAGUAUUGGACCAAGCAAAUAAAAAGAAAAAAAGGGUCUUUGUCUAGAAUGUGCGCUAUAAACACACAUACAAAAACAUAUAUAUAUAUACACACAUAUAUAUAUUGAUUUAAAAGUCAGUGGCCAUGUCUGCGUUGAAAGGCAGCGGCUCAGCCCUGGUUCCUUCCUGCUCAUCACAGCCGUGCCCUGACUCUGGGUGGGGAGCGGCUGGGAAAGCCCAGCCCCAGCGGAGGUCGCAGGGGAUGAGCACCAGCCCCCUGAGGGCUUGGGGUUAGGAAAGCCACUGGAUCAAAAAUAAAACCUGUGCCAGCCCACCAGCCAUGGGAAGCUGAUUUCAGGUGUCAUGCCUGUAUGGGCAGGAAAAAGCAGGUUGUUCUGUACUUUUUGAUUGUAUUUAUUAGUUUAAGAUACUGGAAGAUAGAGCUGUCCAGCUAUCAUUUCCCAAAUUACAAAAGUAGGAAUAAGACCUCAAAAAAGAGCGUCUCAGUGUCAAUAGUAUUUUCUCCUGGUUGACAGCACAAUCACUGCAUAAACACCUAUGAUGAGCUAUGGGAGUGUGGCAAAACCAGGCAGCCUGUGAGCUAAAACCCCUAAACACAGCGCACACAAAAAUAAAUCCCAAAGUGAGGGGAAAACAGAGGGAAAUAAUCAUUCAAAUCUAUAUCAUCAGCCUUUGUGAACACCUUGACACUGGACACUAAUUUUGUUCCUCCCUGUGACCUUCCCACCUCCAGAUGAGACCAGUCCUGGAGCACCCGUUUGUCAUUCACCAGCCGUUUCCUCCAUCACUAUCACUUUGUGGGUUGCACAGACUUGCCCUUGUUGGGCAUCUCAGCAAAAACAUACACUCUUUUUAGGUUUUUUUUAGAUACCAGAUGUUGGGAGCAUCCAUUCACCCAGAAAAGGUCUUAAGCUGCUGCACCAGCUGAGGCUGACCCCGCGUACGGCCAGUUACUCCAAUGCAUCUGUUCUGCCUGUCGCUAAGGAACGAUGGCUUCCGAGGUCACCGGCUCUAAAAGUAUUCACAAAUACUUGUAAUUUUAGUACCAGAGGCCAGGGCAUUUACUGGCUAUGUAACUCCCCUCCUCAGCAAUACAUUGAUAAUUUCUAAUUAAAGUUCUAAUCGUAAGUACUGUGUAAGUCAUUAAGAGCUGCUUUAGUAAGUGCUUAAUUAUUACAGGUCCUUACAGAGCUCAGUAGGGUGAUAAGUUUCUUAUAUUUACACUCCUUCUACUAGUGUUCAUAAACAUCUAAAAAGCAAAGCAUUCCAGGUUUGCAGCUAUCUCAUAAUAAGCCGUCAAUGAAUGAAAGCUAAAUAUAAAAUUAAAUCACAAUAAAAGUGCUGCCAUCCUCAAGAUGCCACUGUAGUUUGAUGGGCAGGAGCAAAGCUGGAUGGCUUUUUUAACCUCUCAUAAAUAAAUUUUCAAAAAUGGAAAAUUCAGACCAAAUUCAGUUAAUAGUGUUAACAAAAGGAUGGAAAGAAUUAAAAGAUUCAAAGGGGUUUCUUUCAAAAUCUUAACUUUAAACAAGAUACAUCAGUCUGGAGCACAAUGCAAACUGUCACGGAGCUAAAAUUGUUUCUAUUUUCUUUCUUCCCAAAGAGAAAAAAACCAUUUCAGUCCAUCAAAAAAAAUCAUUUUCUAUCUUAAUUUAGAAAAAUCAAGAAACUCCUAUAUUCACGCACCUCUGUUCCUGAUAGCUCACAGACACUUUCACCCUGAAGGUGCUGCUGAGCGCUGCCGACAGGAAACCUCCACCAUCUGGCAUGAAAAGCUGAAAAAGUUCUUACAGUCCAUGGGCACAGGGCUGUGAGGGCUGCACCAGCCUUGGGGGCUGUCCUCUCGUCAGAUGGCCAGUGCCACCACCUCAGCGCAUUGGCUAGUGCUCAUGCAUUGGGAUCCGUCAAGGACAGUCUCCUGCGAGCGGUGAAGACGAGGUUUUCCUUGGGCAUCUCUGCUAUGACAGCCCUUAAAAGGUCACUGCAGGUUUAAUUAAAAUUAGUUUGCCGAAUCAACCAUAAAUGAGCAUUUUUUUCAUCUGAAAUACAUGUAGAUGUUCGAGCGCGUCUCCUUGUUAGACCAGGCAGAUCCUGCUCACUUUCUGCAGCUGGGGAAGCAACACCACGAAGCUACCAACAGCUUUCCUUGAACAAGAUACACCAAAUUCCCAACUGCUCCAAAAACAGCCUGGAGAUAACAUUCGGCCAGUAGCUCCAGCCCCUGGCCACUGCCUCUCCUGAGAGUGACACAGCCAAGUCCCACAUUUUAUUGCCUUUAAACAGCCCCAAGCAAACCCCGAACUGUAGCUUCCAAGGGAGGCUAAGAAAGUAAACACAGCCCAUGAAAUGCUGCAAGGGUGCAGAGCGGUGGGUUUGCCACCUUCUGCUCUGGUUUUGAGAAGUAUCUGUCAAUCCUCACCGGCCGUGGACAAUCCUUCCUGCCUCCAAAGCCACUCUGCAAAAUAAGUAUGAUUUCUGUGGGAUACAAGGACCUAUAACGCAAAUGGGACUGCCAGCAAUGGCUUGUGUGAGGAGCCAUCACACCAGGUAAAAGCAGGAGGUGGAGAGGAAGCAGCAUAAAGGCUUUGCACGGUUGUGUAUUUUUAAAUGCUUUGCACCUACCCUGCCCCUGCCAGCGGCCAUGCACUGGCCUUAGUACGAGGCUGGACGCACCCAGGGCUCAUGGCAAGCAGCUGAGCCAUGCAAGUCCACUACUGGUCCGGCCAUCCCUUCAGGGAGUUAAAAACCAGAGAGGGGAGAGGCAUCAGAAAUCAAAAACUUAUAAAAACACUGCAAUGUGCAUUUCCUUACCUCGGUAAAGCUACUACUAAAGGCAAGUGAAAGGGAAGAAUCUCUUAUAUGUCACCCAUUUAAAAUUUCCAUAUCUAAGUGGACACACGACUAAUUCAGGUUUCUCAAGGGAAAAGAAAAAAGGGAUAGGUGCUGAUGAAUGUGAAAAGGAGGAGGGAAAAAGCCCUAAUGGGCUCUCCUAGAGAAACAGAUGGCACAGGGGAAAACCAGGACCCUCUUCCUUGUUUCCAGCCACAAAGUUCUUCUCUCCCCCCAUUUUUCAGAGACAAUGCCCCAACUCUUUUGUAUCUUAAUUAUAGUCAACUGAACCAGCAGAAAUUGCUCCUAUUGACACCAAAGACUUGCAGCUCCCUGGGAGGGAAUCGGUCAGGUGGGGAGUGAGUCUGAGGUGUCUCCAGUGGGGUGCAAUUUCCAUCCCCAUCCUGCCACCGUGUCCUGCCCCAGUGCUGCUCACCCGCACCACCGUGCCAUCCCAAUGGCUCCUGCAGCUGCCAUGCCAAAAUGUGCUAUUCAGAAGAUAAAUGACAACAGAGGGGCUCCUGUGGCAUCUGCAGUUCCGCUGUUUCCUUCCUUUUUUUUUUUUUUUGUGAUGUCAAAUGCAGGAGCAGAUGUUGCAGGCUGAUGGGAGCUGGCUGGGAGAGCCUUUCUGGCUGGAGGGCAGACAAGAGCAAGGCAGGACAAAGCUGAUAACUACGGCCCCUCUCUAUUAAGGAUGAACCUUUAAUCCUUUUAUUCACCCUCCUGCUACCUAUAGUUUUUUCUGGCUGCCUCUAAAAGAACCUUUUUUUUAAAAAAAUAAUCAGCUCAUUGUAGGCAGUGGCACUUGGGUCAGCCUGAAGCCCGCCCAGAACACUUUUCACUGGAGUUGUAAAAGAAAAGGGCAAAGCCACAAGCAUCAUUAGUGCCAUAAUUUUGCUUCUUACAUCCAAAUGAGAAAACAAAAAGCCAAGCAUGACACAGAAACGAGACCAGGAAUAAGACAGGACUGAAGGAAGACUUGCUUGCAUCCACCUUCAUUUAAAAAAAAACACAUGAAUUUUGGAGGAGGCUGCAGUGUUAAAAAGCAGUUAAGUUUCUCCUCUUGCACUUCUCAACAUUGAAAUUACUGUCUUACUACGCUUAUUACCCUGUUUUAAGCUGAAAGAGGAGAGUCUGUACGAGGCCCUGUUUGGAUCAAAUCAGUUCAAGCACAAAGUAUUUCCCAUACCCUAAACGAACACGAGCUCUGGACCAACCCUUGCUGCAGGAACACUGGAGCCAAGGAACGGCAAAGGUUUCAGUGGGAACCAGACAAAGCCAGAGCCAAACGCACCACUGCCCACCAAACAUGUAAGAAAGCACCAGCCAAGAGAUUAGAACGAUAUUAGAAAUAACCAAUAAAUCACAGAAUACCAAGCCACCACCAUGUUUUCACCAAACCAUGUGCAUGCUAGAAUAAAUCCUACAUUUAACAUCCAUCCAGAUUAUGUAUUUUUGCACCAAUUCCAUUAGAUACCAUGGAGUUUAAAAAAGCAUUACAUCAUUUCAAAAUAAGAAGGCAAAUCAAGUAUUAUAUAUGUACAUGUUUUAAUUAAUUUUAAAAAUUGUCUACAUUUAAGGAUAGAUUUCAAGGGUUCCCUUAUAUUUUUUUCUGUUACAUUAGAUUAUACCUGAAUAAUCUGCAUAGUAACUUUAACAUUUCUGCUUUCUUUUUUAUUUUUUUUUCACUGUGAAAAUAUCAGUUGCAGGUAGCAAUGUAACAUCUCAACCACAAUCACAAUACGUGCAGGAUGUCCAGCCAGAAGCAUUUCUCAGUUGACUUGCAGUAGCAUGGCACUUUAUAAUUUGUUUAUCAAUACUUUUUUUUUUUUUUAAUUUUACUUCAGAUGUGCCUCAAGAAGCAAAAACAAACUUUCUUCAGUCAGUCUCAAGUGUGGGGUCAGCUCCUCAGCUGGCUGCAAUCUGCUCUAAUUUAUACCAGCUUGAGGUUCUGGCCUUUAAUUAUUAAUCUAAUUUUUUUUUCAAAACACACCUGUAUUGCCUUCAUGCUGUCCUUAACAUAAGUGCAAGCUUCAGGAAUGUGCUUUGAGUCCCUUCACUAGAGGACCUUAAUGAAGUCUGUGCAAUGGCUCCAUCCCCCAGCCCUGCUCCCUGCACGGACAUGAACGGAGAGGGCUGAACGCUGCAAGAGCGGCACAUUGGGGAGGUUAGAGUCUCUUGAGAUGGAAAAAAAGAAAAAAAGCUCCCCCC